GACGCACCUGGAUGAGCCUGCCAAGUCUCCGGUUGUAUGGGAAUCUAUCGUUUGCAGCUAGUCUUAAGGAAGAUGAAACGCUGUUUGCAAAAUCCCAAUGUGUAACGUGAGGUCUAAAUAGGCAAGUUUUUUCAGCUUCACCAAUGGCCCACGACCGGAUGCGGAGAAGCCUUUGGGACGGCAAAUGGCCUAUUCAGUUUCACGUGGAUGACGCCAUUUAGCCAUUAGCUAUAACCGGACAAAUCACUGCAUACUGAAGAGAGUGUGAAGUCGGGACGGGGCUGUUUGUUCGAGGCAAAAAAAAAUCAUCGGCUAUUUGCGUGAAGUGUAUCUGAGUCACUCGCAGAGCUGCUGCGGCAUCGGGGAGGGGUAUGGUUCGCCGAUAGACUCUGACAGCCCAGGACACAGCGCCCUUCACUCCAGGAGCUUGUCAUUGAUCGGACACUAGCUGCACUUGAAGCACAGCAGACAAGGUUACUGCCACAGUUCAGCCGGCAGCAUCGCAAAGGAACAACCGACAUCUUUGGCGAGGUCUGACCGAUGUGCAGUCAGCCCGCGGGCCUGCAGCGGUCGCAGUUAGAUGGAAGCCCCAACACCCGUGGAUUCGCCCCUCUCUCUCCAGCUCGCUCACGACAGGGGGCGGCAGCGGAUUGAUCCCGACCCGGGAGAGAUGCAGCAAGGUCCGGUGCUCUCCAUCGAUCAGAUCCGGGCCAUUCGAGCCAACAACGACUACGUGGAACGGCCCAUGGUCCUCAGUGCGAAGGUGGCAACCAGCAGCCCGUCCAGCUCGGCGCAGAAAUGGGAAAGGACAACGGAGCCGAGCCUGGCCGGGGUGGAACAGCGCUCCUCGGCGCAGCUCCAUCACCAGGUCCAGCAGCACUUGAGCAGAUCCACCAGUACUGUCAGCUCAGUGUCCCGGAGCAGCACCACCUCCGAGCAGAGACUACUGGUCAGUGUGAGCUCGUCCCCUUCUGCCCAAGGAAUUAUCAGGGCGCAGCCCAAGGCUGACCUCAAACCCGACUUUAACAAGGCUCCGGGCGCCGAGGACUGGAGCCAACACUCACUGCGGUGCGAGGAAUGCGGGAAGUGCAAGUGCGUCUCCUGCACAGCCCCGAGGACUCUACCUUCGUGCUGGCUCUGUGACCAGAGGUGCCUUUGCUCGUUCCAGAGCGCGCUGGAGUACGGCACUUGUGUCUGUUGUGUCAAGGGCCUCUUCUACCAUUGCUCCAACGACGACGAGGACAACUGCGCGGACAAUCCGUGCUCCUGCAGCCAAGGCCACUGCUGCGCUCGUUGGACCGCCAUGGGCCUCAUCUCCAUCUUCUUGCCCUGCUUAUGGUGCUACUUGCCGGCUAAAGGGUGCCUCCGGCUCUGCCAAGGAUGUUAUGGACGGCGUCAAGAGGCCGGCUGCAGGUGCGAGAACUCCAACACCGUGUGCAGGAAGGUUUCCAAUGCACCUUGUCCUAAAACCUUCGAUAAACCCUUAUGACCAAGACACUCUUCCUAUACCGUGACAAUGUUAACCCUGUGAAGUUCAGAAGGCACAUUCUCCAAAGCUUCCUUCACUCACUGGAGAGAUUUCCAAGAGAUUGAAUUACUUCUGGCGCUGAGACUACCCCGCCACGUCUGUGUGCACAGGAAGGUGGGAAGAGCGGAGAGUAGGCUCUCAGCUGGAUGUUUGUACAGACCAUCUUCCUGAAAAUCUAAUGGUUCUAUCAUAUCUUGGAGUUUGAGCGUUUAUAAUCUACCCAGGGAAAAGGGACCAUUUAUCCCCUUCCAUGUUAAGCACCUUCUUGUGAGUUCUUCCUGUGUUCGUUGUAGGCCCAGACCGUUCCUCCUGUGGCUAACAAACUCCGAUGCAAUUCUCAGUGUCAAGAGUCUCAAAUACACCAACCGAAAGAAAUUGAAUGUUCUUUCUCCGCCGCCCACCUCCCCCGUCCCCAGCCCUUCCUCUGAAGGGUGACUACCUGUACUUGAUGGGUUUCCAUCUCUCGGAGGUCCUAAGGCUUGGAAGUGGGCAGAAGCUAUUUCUUCUUUCUCACUACUCCCAGUGUAGAGACCUCGGAACUGAGCCCAUUGCUCGAUGGUUCUGUCCUUGGUAAACCACUCAGUUUAUGGGAAAACCAUGCAACUUGUCUUCCGUCAACGCAUUAAAUAUUUAUUGCUUGGCUUAGAAAUGCGAUAUAGUCCAUUGACAAUAUAUUCUCCUUCUCAAUCACAGAUGCAGUUAUUUAUGUAUUCGCUAGUUACUCACAUAGUUCGGAUAGUGGGGGACAAAGUUUGAAACCGUUUUGAUUCUUUGUCGAUUCAUGGGUUCGGAAGCGAUGGUUUGGGCGUGAUUCUUUUCGUUUGCUAACACCUAAAGUGGGACUGCUAUUCAUUUUGCAUGGAUUUGUGUUUUUAAAAGGAAACACUUUGUCCCUCCCCUUCUUGGACUUGGGGUUGUUACUUGGGGGCUUAAUAUGAAUUUAAACAUGUUGGAAGUUUGGCACCCUGUGUGUAUCCAGUGGGUGGAUUGAGAGGGUUGGGGUGGGACAUUUAUGGCGAGGAAGUCGGAUUUUUUAAUGUUAGGCAGACGUUUUGUUUUGCCACUUUGAAGUAUAUCAUUACACAAUGCGCGCAACUCUGCUCUGACCCACGUUUCCUUUAGCUCCCGAAAUAGGGCUUCCUCAGUGGAAGGAACGCCUGCUUUGAUGGCAACAUGCAGCUCGAACCUGGCUGGGGCAUUUGCCACUGAAGUUAUUGCGCCCCAUGUUGACAAGCAUAUGUUGACAAAUGCCAUCUUUGCUGCAUAACGUGGCCUCGAUUUUUCGGGGUGGCGAAGUGAGCCCUUGGGGACUUUAAUUCAGCCGUGUUCAUGGGCAGCCUGGUUAGGCAUUCCACCAUCACCCCCCCCCCCUCCC